UGCAGUAUUUCAACAUCGGGCACUACUAUACACUGCUGCGGGAGGAGACAGUGACCGGCAGCUUGCGAAGAUGGAAUCAGAUGACUCCUCAUGCGUGAGACAACUUCCUACCGGCAAGAAACGAAUUCCAAAAGCAUGCAGUGCUUGUCGACAGUCGAAGGUGCGAUGUGAUGGGAAACGGCCCUGCUCGAGGUGCAAGCGAUCAUAUAAACAAUGCAUCUUCUACGAAGUUCCUAAAGAUCCCACCACCGAGAGACUGGAGAACGUCGAAUCUGAAGUGCAACGUCUCCGUGCACAGAUAGAGGCCAUGGGCGAGCUUUUUCAUCUCUCCACGCAGCAAUUGCCACCAGAAGAUCUCGGGCAAGUGCAGCACGCUCAGGACCAAUUCGUGGAUCAGCAUCGUGCAUACCCCGCCGAAGCACCUUUCCUGAAUUCGAAUCAUGCGGCUUCUCAUUCAGGAGGCAUGCCCAUGCUUUUCGCCGUGGCGACCUCUGCUCUCAACUCCGAGAGGGAAUCCGAGUUGCGUCCACUAAGAGGAUUGCCCUCCUCGUCGCAGAUUCGAUCCGCGAUGGACGAGGAGACAGUUCGUCCGGUCAAACGGAAGCGCUCUGGAUUUGAGGUUAAGGAAGAGCUCAUUUCGGACUUCGUAUCUCAGGGCUUGAUGACUGCUGAUCAAGCUGUCGCUUGUUUCAGAACGUUCUUCCAGGGCUGCGAUAGGUACAUCCCGAUUUUCGAUCCGGAGGUCGACACCUUCACCUCGGUACGCUCUCGCAGCAGCAUACUGCUGAACGCGAUUUGCACGAUUGGCAGCCGUGUUGAAAUGAGUGCAGCGACGGGUCCCGGACAAGUUCCCGAUCUGCUGCACGCGGAACUCAAGAAAUGGAUUGGCACUGUGAUCCAAAACAAAAAUCUGAACUGCCUGGAGUCGGUGCAGGCGCUGCUCAUCGUCGCGUGCUACACCGCCGAACGCUCGCUGAUGCUAUCCUUUGCUACCAGAAUGGCGUUGGACCUUGGUCUGGACGUAGCGUUCGAAGAGCUGAUCCAGCUACUAACGUUGAAGAGGACUAGUGACCCGUUGAGAAUUCCCUGUGAUAGCGUGGACGCACAGGUGCGCUGUUUGAUGCGGAAGUCCAGGACAUGGUUUGGGCUCCUGGUUCUGGAUCACAUAUUUCACGUCGACGGCGGCAAGCCACCUGGGAUACGAAUGAUGGGAAAUGCUCGGAGAUGCCGAAUCCUGCUGCAUCAUCCUUCGUCGACAGUAUUAGAUAUGCGUCUUUUCUCUCAGGUCGAGUUGAACGUUAUUCGAGCCAACAUCAACGACACACUAGACAUCCGAGACAGUCUGACUCGAGAAGCAAUUGCUGAGUUUGUACACGAGGCCAAGGUCGACCUUGAUCUCUGGUUUGAUGACUGGCAGCGCAUCAUCGUCAACUCCCCGACAGCCCAAGAAGAACGACCAUUCCUACUGGCCGCCCUGAGUGUCCAACACUGCUGGGCCGAACUCAUCCUCCACUGCAAAGCGCUGCGCUCCAUGGGCGUGGAGAACGUAGCAGCAAUCGCCCCCAUAGAGCUUAACAUCCUGAGCCUCGCCAAAUCCGCCGCCCGCCAACAUCUCCGCCUCAUCAGCCUCGAGCCCGCCUUCUACCUCGCCAAGCUCAAAUACGCCAUGGAUUUCGUCUGGGCCAAGUGCGCCUUCUGCUUCCUGCUGCUGCUGAAACUCUCCCGCCUCCUUCCCGAACAGCGGGACGAACACGAGGAGCUGCUGCAGCUCGGAAACAAGCUCCUGUUGGAGUUGACCCGGUCGGCUAAGGGCGUGGAGACAUCGGCUCCUCUCGAUCUGGAUAUUGCACCGUCUAGAGGUCGUCAUUGUGCCGAAGCGGCGACAACGUCACCGUCCUCACACAUCACCGAUCCUGGAACAAGAGCGCCCGCCGUUCAGGGCCUGGCAUCAGGAACAGGUACAGGGUUGGGGAAUGUCUACAUGCAUAUCCUCCGCUUGAGCAUCGAGAAAUACAGCCGCAUAUUUCAGGGACAGCAGCGGGGGGAGAGGGGGGCAAGUGGCAGCAGCAGCAGCAGGCCUGGUAGUGGUGACGGUGCGACUACCACUGCAGGUGUGGAGACAGCAACAGCAGAGGAGCCGACGACAGCAGCGGGAGCAGAACAAACCUCUACUUCCUUCUGGGACCUGUUCGACGCGCAGGUCGAUCUGCAGUCGUUCGUGCCAGAACAGUUUGUACGCGACUGGGAUUUCCCCGGGCUGAACCUGUUCUAUUUCCCGACGGCGUGGCAGGAUUUCUUUGGGGACUCCUCGUUGGGGUUUGGAAGCUGAUUCACGCCAGUCGAUUGUCCGCGGAGAGUUGUAUCAUCUGUUGCGUUGGAAGAGUCAGGGGU